GAACUUCUCCCUUAUUAUACCAGAAAUUUCUACAAGAUCAUGGUAAUUCGUCAAUGCCAAAACUUGGUUACACAGCUUUUCUCGAAGAAAGGGAUGGAGCAAGGAGUGGCUGCAACAUUGGCGAUAUGGCUGGCGAAAAAAUGUCCCGCUGCAGGGGUUACUUUGGCCGCCUUGGGAGAGAUCUCCCAGCUAGUUGCAAUGCUAGAUUCAAGCCCCAUUUACUGUUCCCACUCGGCUCUCUUAACACUUCUCAGUCUCGCAAACGGCAACGAUCUCAACAAAGCUGCCAUUGUUGACGCAGGCUCGGUUCCAAGGUUGGUCUCUCCAAAAUCCCAAACCAUCAAUCCAGGAAGCCGUCGUCGCAGCCUUUCUCAAAUGUCAGCGCUAGAACGCAACAAACCCUUUGACGGCAUCUCCGGGGCCAUCCCUCUACUUGCUCACAUCCAUUUUUUUAGUAAGAUGGUGGGUGUUCCAUUCGGUUGCAAUUCCACGAUGGAAAUUGCCGGCAUAAUGGAGACCUUGAUUGAGAUUCUCCGGUGGGGUGCUCACUCUAAAUGCCAGGAGGGAGCUGCGUACGUUCUCAUGGAAGCUGCGUAUCACAACUACGCCCAUCGACAAGCUAUGGCGCGGAAUCAAGCGGUUCCUGCUUUUCCAGAGGUGUCCCUCCUUGGCAAUGAAUUGGCGCAGAAGCGAGCGAUAAGAAUUUUGAAAUGUCUACGGGAGGAUCGAGCACAACGGAGGUCGGUUUCGGGUCCCAUGGGACUGCUGCAGGACAGCUCUAAAUUCCACCAGAGGUAUUCGAUCCUUAUAGACAGCUAACAGAACUUCCUUGAGGGGAUAAUGAACCUUGUGAAUGACAUGGUGCGGCAAAGCCUAGAGGAAAAUUUGCAACGUAUUGUGCGCAGGGCGAACUUUCCUUUGGCUUAGGGAUUUGCGAAAGCAGAGAUGAUGAGAUCUCUGUCGCCUAGUGGAUUCUCAAGUUUGGAGAGUUUUCCCUUUUGAAAUUAUGUUCCAUUUUCUUCCUGCACGUUCCUAUUCCAGUAAUUAGUAUUCCAUUUUGUAAUGGACCCUCUCGGACUGAGCAACUGGGCAAGCUUCCCUUCGAUCUAGUUCACUACAAAUUUUGUCUGGUUCUCAGGUGGUUUGAAAAUCUAGUUUUAACAUUCUAGAAGAAAUUUUGAGACUUUUCAUGAAGUUGGCUUAAAUCCUUUUGUUGGUGGAGGCGUUAUGAAAGACUACAAGCUUCUAGUUCCAAUCGUCUCGUGCGUGGAUUGUAGUUCUGCACUUUUCACUCAUCCGACCUGUUGGUGUGCUGACUAACAAACAUUCGAGAAAUUUUAUCACCAGUUUUGAGAAACUUAAGCAUAUCUUCAGUUCACUCAUACAGGACUGGGAUCCAAAACAGAGUUAUUUAUUUGAAUUUAAUAAUGCGUACAGUUUACUCACAACCUUUUUGGAAUUAUAGACUCAAGCCUAAAAAUGCUAUGCACAAGCACGGUGAUAAAUACGAAUUUGGGGAGGGGUUGCCUGAGAGACAUACCAGUCUGGUCUUGGCAGAACGGUCAGAGUUGUUCUUCCACGUAUAUUCAACAAAGAUAGGUCUGUACCAGAGCCGUUGAUUUUCAUUUGACAUGUAUCCUUGCGGAUAUGCACUACAUAAGAGUGCUGCAAAUUAGUUUUGUGUUCAGAUCCACCGACGCGUGCAACCUGGAGUAAAACAAUGAGAAAACAACGGGGAUCCUUGCUAAGAACUCACGAGUCCAACUCAUGAUCUUGAAACUGUGCAGGCAUAUCCUUACCUCAUGCUAUCAUGUCACGAACGAUUUCCAGGCUAUUAUCUUUUGCACCUGCUAUUUGCAUGGUCUUAUCUGCUACGUGCUAAGUAAGAAUCUUGCACUCAAGGUAAGCUGACAUGUUAAUUCUGUCUGCCAGGCUAUUGUAACUGGCAGUCCAUGACAUG